CGGCCGAGGGAGACGCUGUGCGCUGGUGGUCUUCAGCGAGUGACUGAAAGUGACCGAGAUGCUCGGCAGAGUGUCGUCACGAUGUGGUGAGAGUUGAGCGAGCAAGCAGGAGUCCAGCGGUCCUUGUCAGAGCGAGUGAGGACUUUCAAAGCUUCUGCUCGGUUCCGGGAUGUUGUGAACCCCUCUGGACUGGAGGUUCGGCAGGAAGAGCGGACGGCAGAGGGGAGCACCGCAGGGAUUAUGGCUCUCCCCGCGUUUUCUUUCAGCCUCAUCACACUGGUGUUUACAAACCUGCACCUGAGCAGAGCCAACGACCGGCAUGCGGUGUACUGGAACAGCUCCAACCUGCUGCUCAGGAGAGAAGGCUACACUGUGCGGGUCAGCGUCAAUGACUAUCUGGACAUCUACUGCCCACACUACAACACCAGCCUGCGGGGGACACUGGGGAGCACCAUCGCCGAGCAGUACAUCCUCUACAUGGUCAGCUAUCGAGGUUACCGCACCUGUGACCCCCAGAUGGGCUCCAAGCGUUGGGAGUGCAACCGACCACAUGCCCCACAUGCCCCCAUCAAGUUCUCUGAAAAGUUUCAACGCUACAGCGCCUUCUCGCUGGGCUACGAGUUCAAUGUGGGCCAGGAGUACUACUACAUCUCCACGCCCACUCACCACCACGGCCACAGCUGCCUGAGGAUGAAGGUCUUCGUCUGCUGCUCCACCGUCUCCCAGUCGUAUGAGGACUCCAGUCAGACUCCGCCCGAAGACACGGUCAGGCCGAGCAUCAAAAUACACAACCUUGACGACUACCACCCAGAAACCCCCAAACUGGAGAAGAGCAUCAGUGGCAGCAGCCCGUCACGUGACCAGCUCCUUCUCACACUGACGACGACCCUUCUGGCCGUGGUGCUCUUGUCCUAGCGGCUGUCUCAUCACGUGUUUGGUCUUUGUGGUAUUUUGGAGUCAUAGUAACAAGAAAAGACCAAAUAGUGAGUUCAAAAAUACACAAAGUAUCACUUCUGAACAUCCAAAAAAGGAGAGGCCUUUUGCCAUCAUUUUUACACCCCUGUGUUUUUACACUCCAUCGCUGUUGGAUUGUCUCCAGAGUUUUUCAUGAAGGUGUCUUUUCCACUAUCAUACUCUAUAAAAUCCGAUGCUGCUUUUGUGCCUGGUGAAUAGUCAGAUUAGAAAACGGACCUGUUGGUUAGUGACUCGAGAGUUUUGAUUUGCUUGAAUACUUAAAGAGGCAACUUCUCCAAGGAUUUCUUCAUUUUCGCUGUGAAGCUCUCGCACGCUAACAUCUGCCAUCAAGAGCGAGUGGGACUUUUGCUCCAGAUCCAGCUCUGCGACAUGUUUUGAACUGUGAAUAAACAAUGUCUGAGCGGGAAUCAGAAACUUUGUGAGCUUGUCUGCUGGCCUUUCAAGGAUCCGUCUUUAAUAGGAGUCCAAUCUUUUCAAAGACCAAACAACACCCUUGUUCUUUGAUUCGAAAGUUGCAAAGCUUUGGGUUUGUAGAAGUCAGCAAGUGCUCUCUCGCUUGUCUCCCGCCUUCUCACCACUACAUGUCUGCGACCGGUCUUUUCAUGCCCUGUCUACAUGGUAGACAGCCCCUUUGUUCGGAGGCUCUUACCUUCAGCCCUUCUCGAGGAUUUUCCGGAUGUCUAUCCUUUGUCCUGGCCCAAAUCAGCAGUCACUCAGAAUGUCAUUUACAAGACUGCAACGCUGCCUCUGCGGUCAGCUCCAUCCACUUCAGACAUCUGCGGCCAAUCAGUGCCAACGGCCGUUACAUCGGAACCACAAUGGACGGAACCGCGACGGCCGCGAGGGUGCGUCAGGUGCCUGAGAUCCCUUGUGCUUAGAGCUUCAAAGUAACGCCGCUUCAUGAAUGUUCAACUCACUUUUGUACGACUACAGAACAACGGUGGCUAAAGUUCAUUGACAGUGUUGCUCUUUUUCAUUUGUAUUUAUUUACCAGUCGAACUGCACAGUUUAAGUUAUUGAAUGGUGUGAACUUGUGCGCAAAGCUCUGGUGCCAUCUCUCUCAAUUUUUAUGUGAUUUUUUUACUGCAUUUUAUGUAGAUACAGAUGCUGUCGGCGCUGUGCGAUUUGCAGUGUGUGUACACUAGAAAGAGGGUGCACCGGUGACAACCAUGCACUCCACGCUUUGUGAACCUCCGCCAACACCUCUGCACUUGUUCUGAACGACUGUUUCAUUAAGUGAGAGUCAUUUGUGACCUGAACUCAGUAUCUGAAACCUGAACCACAAAACAGUGGUUGGAUACAACUCCUGGGCCACUCUGACGUUUCGCCCACAGACGUGUUCACUCGGUGUAAAGUGGUGGAGUGUGUGGUUGGCCUCGGCGACUCACUCCAUUCUAGAUGGGCAAAGAAUGUUGCUGAGAAGCAGCAAACCUGACUGUGAAGCACCGAGGAAGACAGACCUGCUGCAUUCUGCAGGGCUGCACUUAGAAAACAGUGUCUGCAUUGUGAUGUUAUGUGUCUCUAUAAUACAUGCCAGCUGUAGAAUGUGUGAGGCACUGUGUGUGUGUGAGUGAGUGUGUGUGUUGUGUGAUGGGGGAUGUGUGUGUGUGUGUUUGCGAGCAUGCAGAUGGGGUGUGUGUGUGUGUGUGUGUCUGUGUGUGAGUUAGUGAGAGUGCGUGUGUGUGUGUGUGUGUCGGAGAGCCAGAUAAAAACACAUCAGAGUGUGUGUGUAAUGUCGAAUGUAUGUCUGCGCUUCAGUAAGUGGCACUUAGAAAACUCGUACCUGUGAAGGAGUCGGUUGUAGGAUCUGAAUAUGCAAGUGUGUCAGAGUGAACGUGGUCUUGUGUAUCGUUACCUACCGGGGGUCAGGGAGGGGCCAAAAGCAUUUACAAACAUGGACACACAACCAUGAGAGGAGUUUGACAAUAAGAAAUGUAAAUUGAUGAAAACACUGACGAUUAAAA